AUGAAUUGCCGGCCUCGAGGCCACCUAAAGGCCCCUCCCUACUGGCCUGUCUUCAGUGCCGUCACAAGCACCUCAAGUGUGAUGGCCGCACUCCUAUCUGUAGCCGCUGUGAACAGAUGCAAUCCCCAUGCGAAUAUACGAAGUCACGAAGAGGCUACAAAGGCCCGUCGAAAAAGCGCCGCGCCAACUCCCCCGAUAACUUUGUCGCCCCCCCAAGUCGGUUUGCUCGAAAACCCCGUGGAUUGGGGUUUGCAGUCUGCCUUCAAGUACGCGCCGGCUGUGCCGCUUCCCUCGUCCGAAUCGACCAGUCCUGGACUACACGAAAUGUCCCCGCCAAUGGUACCAUCCAUUCAUCCGAUGAGCGCACCGUUGACUCCGGACUCCUCCUCUGUCGCCGUCGGUGGCGAUGGCUACCUACUCGAUAUCUAUUAUAAUUAUUUCCAUGAUGCCCAUCCAAUACUGCCUCCGCACCAGCUCCUGAAUCGCAGCUUCUUCCCCGCAUACCUAGAGCAAGUGAUGAAGUUCAUCGGCGCCCACUUCACCCCGGCUGCUUCGAGUGCUACGUACCGGCAGACGGUUGUCACGAUGGUUCAAGACCAAAUGCCGGCGGUGGAAAAGGUGCAGGCACUGCUCCUCCUGGCAAUUGUGCUUCAUUCAGAUAAUGAGCGUGCCGAAGCUGGCGUUUGCCUAGCUGCCGCUGUGGACACGGCCUUUGAGCUUGGCAUGCACCAGGGACCCUUUGCAGUCAUCGCUAGCAACAGCGAUCCGAUCCGCGCCGAGUCUAUACGGCGUACCUGGUGGGAGCUCUUUAUCAUUGAGGGCAUGCUGACUGCCCUCGGUGUGCAACGUGACUAUCGCACCAACAUGGUUCCGCUCGAAGUCGGGCUUCCGUGUGAAGAACGCAUCUAUCAGGAGGGCCUGGCACCACCACCAUCCCCUACUAUCGCGCAAUUCGAUGAGCGGGUUUUCGCGGAUGAAGAUCGUGACUUUUCUUCUUACUGCUACCGGAUAGAAUCCAUUCGUAUCCUCGGUCGCGUGGUGGCCAUGCAAGAAAUGACCCAUGGCCAGCAGGAUCUGGUGGAAGCGAUCGAUGCACGAAUUGGUAGUUGGGGUCACCAUUUACCGGAGUCCAAGGAAGAACUGCUUCGUCCAGAUGGGUCGGUGGAUGAGAUCAUGUUCCAAGCGACCAUGAUUUUGAACGGCGCGGCCAUCUACCUGAACUUCCCGCGGUCGGACCUUUUGUCGUCGCCUGCUGUUGCCGCGGAGGUAAUCUGCGGUCACCAUGGGCCAAUCAGUGUACCUGCCUUUUCUCACAACGAGCACGCUAUGAAGGCAUACAAGGCAGCUCGAGAGCUAACUCGACUUGCCGGAUUCCGUGCGGAGGUUACAAAGCACACUCCGUUCUUCAUUUGCGCGCUCACUCUGAGCUCCAUUGUCCAACUAGCCUCUUGCUCCGUCAAGGCUGGUUCAAUCCCAGACCCUAGCCGUGAUCGGUUGAUAUUGACAAUCGGUGUCUUCAAGAAGCUGGCUAAAACCUGGGCGAUUUCCCAAUCGAUCAAUCGACAGAUUAAAGCCGUUGCGCGAGACGUGAUGGACCUCGGUCUCCGUCCCACAUUGGACUCGCUUGACCUGAACACUGUAUUGGACAACAGUCAAUUCUGGGUUGAGCAAGGCCCCAGCUGA